GAUUGACCUGUCCUCCAGUGCUCCAACUAUUUAAUAAUUAUGACACUAAAAGUACAAACACACAGCACGCCGGAGCAUCCCCUUUUCACCAGCAGCCAAUUAUUCGGAUUCUUAGGGGGACCUUGUAGCCAGCCAUACCCGAGACACUAGGGUUGGUUGCCUGUCGACCUUGCUGCCGCUGUCACUACCGAGCACGAGUGCCAGUUUCGUUUCACACUAUCCAGCGGCGUCGGCCGUUUUGUUUGAAUUGGAGAAAUCAAAUUCGAUCCCAUUUGACAAUGAUCCGCCGACCUCUUUGAACAUCCAGUUAAGCUUCCUUCGAAGAUCGGAAGCCGUGCCGUCGUCUUGCUACAGCCCGCGCCGGAGUCUGUCCUUUGUUAUCUCCGAGUUGCAAAGCAAGCCUUCGGAUCCUGGAUGUGGUCCUUGGCGACGGCCCAAGUCAAGUCAAAUUCAUACCGACCGACGCACGCACCCCCCUCCUGUUGGAAAGGGGGAAGUGAGAGGAGGAAGAAGUGGCUCCCAUUCUGUGUCGCGCGCCGCGACGCCACUUUUAAAACAUUUGCGGGAUAGAAAUACAAUAAGCUACAGCUACGGCAUAAACUCUUUGAGCCCAUCGCGGGGCAAUUACCUACCCGCCUGCCCUUGCCGAUGAAGGGAAAAAAGAAAUGAACACGCCCAUAUCGCCCUCUUCCACAAACUCGCCUCCCGACGUCGCUAUGGCAGCCGACGCCACUCCCACCUCCGCCUCCGCCCCACACAACACCGCUGCCGCUGCAGCAGCUCCUCCGACCGAUAAUUCUAAUGUUCCCAAACCCAAGAGGCUGGCCUGCAUGAUAUGCAGGAAGCGCAAGCUCAAGUGCGAUGGCCAGAAGCCUAGUUGUAGCACUUGCACGAGACUGGGACACGACUGCGCCUAUGAUGAGGUGCGGAGGAAGAGCGGCCCCAAGAGGGGGUACGUCAAGGCAUUGGAGGAGCGGUUGAAACAAGUUGAGACCCUCUUGAAAACACAAGACCUACCAGCGACCACCGCAACCUCCUCGGCGCCCAACAUGCCUGUAAUAUCCCCUCCUGGCGGGCCCACUUCACAGACCGACCAGGGAGCCGCCCCAACAGCUGCAGCGACUGCCAACAUGAAGAUCAGCGACCCUGUCAUAAGCAUAGCCAAGAGUCGAGAUGCGGACCGUUGGAACUAUACAUCAGAAUCGCCGCCUCAGCCAGGUUCUGUAGACGAGUUCAACUUCAACAGCAGAAUGGCCGUAAACAUGGGUGAUGAUGGUUCCAACUUCACCUGGGAGAUGAUUGGGCUAGGGCUGGAAGAGCCUCUGCCGCCACAAGAUACGAUCGAUGAGCUGCAUCAAAUAUACUUUGAAAAGAUACACCCGUCUAUGCCUAUGAUACAUAAGUAUCGGUAUCUUGCCGCAAUGAAUCUGGCCCCCAGCAAUAGGCCACCCGUGUGCUUGCGCUAUGCCAUUUGGACUCUGGCCUGCUCUGUAGCAGACAAGUAUGACGGUCUCAAGGACCUCUUUUACCAGCGCUCCCGCAAGUAUAUCGAGGCCGACUAUAUGAAGGGCUUCGGCGAGCACAUAAUAUGUGUGGCGCACACGCAAACACACACGUUGCUCGCUUCAUACGAGCUCAAGAUGAUGUACUUUCCGAGGGCAUGGAUGAGCACCGGCGCCGCCGUGCGGUUGUCGCAGAUGAUUGGUCUGCACAGGCUUGAUGGGGCAGGGCUCGACGUCAAGCAAUGUCUGCCACCACCACGGGACUGGACAGAACGGGAAGAAAGGCGGCGGACCUUUUGGAUGGCCUUUGCCCAGGAUCGGUAUGCCAGUAUCGGGACCGGCUGGCCCAUGACUAUCGACGAAAAGGACAUAUUGACGAAUCUGCCAGCUUCGGAUGAAGCGUUCGACAUGAGCCGGCCGGAGCAGACUAUGACACUAGCGGAAGCAAUGAGUCCCUCAGGGGCGGCUAAACUAAAUUCGUUUGGCGGCAUCAUCUUAAUGGCAUCACUGUUCGGCCGCAAUCUCACUCACCUUCACCGACCCGACGAGGAAGACAACGAUCAUGAUUUAAACGGGGAGUUCUGGAAGAGACACAGAGCGAUGGAUAACAUUCUGCUCAACACGUCAUUAUGCCUACCGCCGCACCUCAAGCUCCCAAUAGGGUUGCAGAAUCCGAACGUGGUGUACACAAACAUGUGUAUACAUACGUCUACGAUCUGCCUGCACCAAGCUGCAAUAUUCAAGUCGGAAAAGAACCGACUACCGCCAUCCGUGGGUGCCGAAAGCAAAGUCCGCUGCAUCACUGCCGCCAACGAAAUAGCAAGCAUUAUGCGGAUGGUGUCACACAUGGAUUUGUCUGCGAUGAACCCUUUUCUUUCCUUCUGUCUAUACGUCUCUUCGAGGGUGUUUGUGCAGUACUUGAAGAGUCGUCCAGAUGAUAGUCAAUCAUCCGACUCUUUGCGCUUUUUAUUAGCGGCAAUGAAUGCACUCAAACGAAAGAACCCGUUGACGGAAUCGUUUCUGGUGCAGCUGGAUGUGGACUUGGAGGCUUUGACGGCGCGAAUACCAAAACUCAAGGGCCAAUUUACGCGGAGUGCUGAGAGUACCACAUCCGGAAACCAACCUAUGAACAAAGUUCGUCAAGGGGCCAAUUGCGAAGAAGGCCUCGCAGACCACGGAAUCCUCGCGUAUAAAAACGAAUGCUUCAUGUUCAAGGCCGGUCGGGACGACACCGGCAACCCGGCUGAAGGCCCGGAUCUUGUCGACGACGAACCUAGCAGAGACCGUGUGUGGAUGACGACGGCCGACGUUCAUGCCAUGCACCCCCCGCGGACCCGAGAGAGCUGUCAGAGCACUUCCAGCAACAGUGGGCACGUACCGGUCAUCAGUCUGACGCCAAACUCGCCGCGGUUGUACAAUGCCAGCAACGGGUCCAGUAUGUCCUUUGGGCAGGGCGACGAACCGGAGAACUCGCCUAGCCAGGGCUCGAAUCACCAAACACCAAACUCAGGCGGCACGCCAAGCGAGCAGCACCAUAAGCAGUCGCAGCGGCAAAGAGCGGGGAGUUUUGCGCCGGCCAGCCAGGGCUCUUACGAUACAAGCCCUAUCAUGGCGGAUCAGGGAGCGCCGGCGGGAUUUUUCGGUACGCCGGUGCACAACUUUGCGACACUGGCGGCGGGAAUGUCUAUAGGGGGUACCGGCAGCGCGACGGACGGGUUUGUAGUGUCUUCUGGCUGGGGAAUGCCAGCCACAACAGGACAGCAUCAACAACAGCAACAACAGCAGCCGAUUUUGCGGAAUUUGGUGCAGAUGGCUCCCAUGGAAACAAUGGAUUUUGGGUGGGAUGGGAAUUCUUCGACUUUAUGAGGUAAAAUGACGUUGAACCAAAGUAUAAUUUAUGCUAACUUGUAUGUUGGCGAUUAAUUAUACGUGACCUUUGGACAGGUAUGUUGGGCAAAAUAGAAAAGUUCUGCUUACGAUAUGGACUUUGCUUUACCUGGGGCGGUCCUUCUUUUGGCACCGAGGAAUGGGGUUUUGGAUACCUAUGGAAAUGAACAUAAUGAGGAGUACAAGGAGUUUUAUGACCGGACUGAUCUUUUUAGAAGGCCUGGGCUGGGAGCCCACGGGGAAUCUGGAUAUAUGUACAACUGGUGUGUAUCUUGUCUGGCUAGGAUCUAAGGCAUGGUGUCGAACUGCAUUUUGCAUCGAUAGACAUCCAUAGCAGAAUCAAAACGCCACUCUGGAGAAGAGGAGAUACUACUCUAGAUGGAGACUUGAGUAACCGGAACCCUUGAGCUGAUGGUAU